AUAAGAAGAAGAAAAUAUUGUUUACUAUUUAAACAAAAAUUGAUUAAAUCAUAACGAAAAGUAUAAAAUAACAAUCAUGUUAAGACUUCUGGGUGGUCUCGCUUAUUAUCUCAAAUGGCAAGAAAUUUCCACCGGUUCUUUGAUAUUUCGACUGCACAACAAUUUUACAUCGGUGGUGCUUCUAGCAUUUUCAUUAAUAAUCACUGCUAAUCAGUAUGUUGGAAAUCCAAUUUCCUGUAUCGUGGAUAGUAGCCUACCCCAACAUGUCAUCAACACUUACUGCUGGAUAACCUCAACGUUUACGAUGCCGGAUGCAUUCAGUCGACAGGUAGGCAAAGAGGUGGCACAUCCAGGAGUGGCGAAUGACUUUGGAGAUGUACAUGCAAGGAAAUACUAUCCUUAUUACCAAUGGGUUUGCUUCGUACUAUUCUUCCAGGCAAUUUUGUGCUAUAUACCUCAAUGGCUCUGGAAUAUGUGGGAAGGUAAACUGAUGGAUUCAUUGGUCAUGGGAAUGAAUUAUGGUCUUGACAAAGAAGAAAAUUUGAACAAGAAAAAAUCUAUGUUGAUGAAAUAUAUUUUGUCACAUUCAUCGGGGCACAAAAUGUACGUGUUUCGUUACUUCUUUUGCGAAUUGUUGUGUCUGGUGAACAUCAUUGGACAACUAUACCUGAUGAAUCGUUUCUUCGGUGGAGAAUUUUUAAGCUAUGGUUUACGGAUUCUACACAUGUCGAGUAGCCCGCAAGAGGAUCGUUAUGAUCACAUGAUUUAUGUCUUCCCUCGCGUUACUAAAUGCAUUUUUCACAAAUAUGGAUCUUCCGGUACGAUACAAACGCACGAUUCAUUAUGCGUAUUACCUUUGAACAUAGUCAACGAGAAGACUUACAUCUUCAUUUGGUUCUGGUUUAUGAUUCUCAGCAUUGGCUUGAUUGGUUUGCUCGUUUACAGAAUUGCUAUAUUUUUGUCACGAUCAAUUAGAGCGAGAUUGUUGCAUUUGAGUUCGUCUGCCAUACCAAUUGAAAUAUGUUCUAAUAUUUGUAGAAAAGUUGAUAUCGGUGAUUGGUGGAUACUUUAUACUCUUUCGUGGAACAUGGACGGUGUUGUUUACAUAGAAUUUAUCGAAGAAUUAACGAAAAAACUUAGUUCCCAUAAAUGUCCACCGAUCAAUGCUUAAAAAUUUAUUGAACUUAUUGUAAAAUUAUAUCGAAUUUAUUUAGUUGAACUAUAUUAUAAAAGAAAAAGGACUGACCGAUAGUCUAGUGACUCAUUUUGACACGUUUCAUUAUUACACGAGAUUGAGUAGUAUAUAUUUUAUGAAAAAUUGAUAAUUAUAUAUUUUCGUCAUUUUUUGAUAUAAAAAAAAAAAAACAAAUUGUUGAAAUGUGUCAUGAAUAGUCGUCGUAAGAUAUUUUAUAGAUAAAACGGGAUGAGAUAUAUUUCGCCAUUUUUGAUAAUAAUAUUUGAAACGCCAAUGACAUUAUUAUUAUCGUAAGAUAAUUUGUAGGAUAACAAAAAAAAAAAGAAAACAAGGAUAUAUUCUCAAUAAUUUUUGAUAACAAUUUUGGAACUCUAGUGAUAGGAAACUUUAGUUCAUAAGGUAAAAAUAUUAUUUCGUUCCAGUAGUUGAUACUACAUGAUUUAGAUAAUUCACUAUAUCAUAUUUACGAGUAACGUAUAGGAGAUUAUUAAAAGAAUUAUAAGAAUGAUUUAACAUGUUGUAAAAAUCAUAUAAGCAUUUAGUUAUUUUUUUGUUUAAUUUUUAUAUACAUGCGUCUGAGUCUGAAUGGGUCAUUUUUAUUUGUAUCGAUUUCAUGAUCUAAAAGAUUAAUUAAUCUUGUACACUUCGCAAACGUUCCACAUGUCGUUGUUGCUCGAAGAUUGUUCGUGCGUUUCUAUUGCAUUUUUCCAUAAAGCAUAUAGAACCUUUGUAAUAUAAUAAUUAUUUUAAUAAUAUUCAUAAUCUUUUGAUAACAUACAAGUUCAUUCGUAUGCUGGAAAAAAUAUGAAUGCUGCGUGCGUGGUACUAUAUACAUUUUGUAAAACCAAUUGUGAUUAAUUUUCAUUUAUUAGCUAAUUUCAAACUGAUUUAUUCAUUUCAUUCUUAGAAAUAUUUAAUAUAUCAUUGAAUCAUUUACAAUCAAUGGUAUUUAUAAUUUACACGCGUCGUUUUUAUUUGCGAAUAAGAAGGAAGGAUAAUAAUUUUAUGUUUUUUCUUUUUUUUAUUUUGUCAACGUGAAAAAUUAUCUCGACACAUACAUCAUACAUACAUACGUCGAAAUUAAUUUAUUAUAAUUACUCGAUAUUAUUAUCGUUUAUAUAAGUAAGAUUUCGUUUAUUUAGGAUGUGACCAAUUUUUAUAAAACAAUUAAUGACCAACAUGUGUUCCAGCAUAAAAAAAAAAAACCAGUAGUAGCAACACACAACAACGAUAGCAAUUAUUAAUUGUUAUUAAAAAAAAAAAGACUUCCACAAUAAACUGUCGUAGAUCUAUCAGCAGCUUCUUCGUAGUACGUAAGAGACACACAACACAAAUUAGCUUUAACAAAAUAAACAAAAGUUAUUUUGUAUAAGUAAAAAAAAAAAAAAGAAAAGAAAAAUACGAUUGCAUAAAGAAAUAUUACUUUUGAAAUGAUCAAGAAAUUAUUUAUUAUUUUAUUAUAUCAUCACGUUGAUGGUUCAAAACCAAAUCGAUAUUACCUUAUUUUCAUUUUCUAUCAUUCUCGUAGGAUUUAGCGUGGGAUAGACAAAUGGUAUCCAUCAACUAAGAAAUAAAAUAAGAAGAAGAAGAAGAAGAAGAAGAGGAGUCAUUUAAUACGUAAAAUUGAGGAGACAAGCGUAUAUCAACAAUGUUGGAAAACGGCAGACGGACGGAAUACGUUUAUCUUUUAGUGACUGGAAACGUCCAGCAUUUUCGUUGUUGAAAUGGGACGCGAUAUAUAUUUUGUAAAGUCAGUCAAGUCGCGUGGGUGGAUUCUUAAAAGUUUUCCUUGCCGUCUCUUCGAUUAUAUCGUGUCGUUGCUUUUGAUCCCAGAGAUAGAGAUAGAGAUAGAGAUAGAGAUAGAUAUAGGGAUAGAAAGAUAGAGGAAGAAGAAAAAGUAGAACUAUUAAGAAGGGUGUGAAAAAUAGAAAAAUAAAAAUGGGACGGACGGACAGAGUAAACGAGGAAAAAAGAUAUGUGGAAAGAAAGAAUGAAAGAAACAGAAAGAGAGAGAAAGAGAGUGAGAGGACGUCACGGGGGUGAAGAGUGACGACUAGCCCAUGAAUUAGUGUUUUGGCAUCGAACUCUGGUACCACCACGUUAGUUUGGUGAAAUCCGCACAGAGUUAGGAUUAGUCAGUAAGCUUGCUGAUGGCGAGAAGCAUCCGUCCUAUCGUUUCCUACCGACAAAAUCCAUAUUAAAUUCGUUAUUAACGUUUAUUGAUUUGUAUAUUAGAUAGAAAAGUUUCUAUAGUGUAUUUGUUAGAAAUCCGUAAUCGAUUUUCAUCGUCCACCUCGGUCAUCACAUGAGUCAAUCUAUUUUCUAUGACGUCUGUGUCGCGCUAUUUGUGUUCGUUUUAUUGUAUGCACAACGAAGGCCAACGUCAAAGAAAUGUUAUAAUACAAUUGUGUAUACUGGGGGAUUAUAAAUUAUAUAUAUAUACA